CCUCUUGAAGCCGAAAUGCCUUUACUUCCUCAACGCUGCGCGGAACUAAAGCUUUGCCGACACUAAAUUGCAAGAAGGCAAAGUAUAGGUUGCUGCUGCAACAAGUUAUCCAAUAGACUAUUAAUACUUCUCCGUGUUGGCGGGGAGAGCAGGAUUCUGCACUUUGCCCAGCUUUGCCUGAGGUUGGCCACCGAGCUGUACUGGCUACUGCGCAGCAUUGGCGUCUUUGUUGGCGUGCCACUUACGUGCUUACGGCGCAUGUCUGGGCAUUGACGAGGGGGCGCACGCUGCUUCAGGCACGCCUGCCUCUCCACUGGUAGUCUGCAGUCGUGAAACAAACUAUGGCAUUGCCUGGCUGGCGGAGAUCCGGUGAUUUGGCGGCCCUGCUCCUGGCUGUGUGGAUGGCGUCAGUGACAUGUUCGGCCUUGUCAUUACCACCUUCGCCUGUCCUCGUUAACCCAGCGCCUGCGCGUCCCUUGGGCUCAACCUGCCCUACACUGCUUCCGGAAUGCUCGAGGUCAAUUGUGGCUCCCCGCAACAUCCUCUGCAUUCGCCUGUCCAAGGAAAACAACAUCACCGUGAACCAGCUGCGGGCUUACAACCCUGAAUUGGACUGCGCGGCGCGCAUCCCAACCGGUUGCGCGCUGUGUGUUUCAGCCAUCCUACCGCCCCCAUCCCCACCGGAGGCUCCCCUGCCACCAUCAUCACCCGCCCCACGCGCCCCACGGAGCCCCCGCGCCCCCAGAAAGGCGUCGCCACCCCCGCGCUCGCCACCACUGCCUCCCUCGCCGCAGCCCAGUCCGCCGCCCCCAAGCCCGCGCAAGCAGCCAAAGCCGCCCGCCCCCAAGCCGCCCGCCCCGUCGUCGCCGCCGCCGCCGCGGCGUUCGCCGCCCUCACCGCCUCCCCGGGCCUCUCCCCGGCCCAGCCCCAGCUUCGUGGCCAAGACGACGCCCGCUGAGCGCGGCGUGACGUCGAGCCCGCGGCCCGCCCCGCUGCCUCCCCCUCCACCGCCGCCAGCCACCACUCCCGCCGGCAUUCUUCUGGAGGGCAACAAUGACCCCAGCAACCCCGCGUCCUGGUGGUACCUGGACGCGGGGGUGACGCUCGCGCGCCACAACCUGUACCGCACCAAGCACCAGGCCCAGCCGCUGGCAUGGAGCACCCGGCUGCAGAAGGAGGCGCAGGACUGGGCCGACAACUGCUGGUUCGCGCACAGCUCGCGGCCGUACGGGGAGAACCUAGCUCUGGGCCACCCCUCCAUCACAGCGGCCAUGGACGCCUGGUACUCGGAGGAGAAGGUGUACGACUACGCCAACCCGCAGUUCAACGCGGGCCACUUCACGCAGAUGGUGUGGCAGCGCACCUACUUGGUGGGCUGUGCCAUCGGCGUGUGCCCCGACGGCGUCAGCUACGUGGGCGGCGUGUGGAUGGGCAAGCUGUAUGUGUGUAUGUACUGGCCUCCAGGCAAUUACAUGGGCCAGUUCAGUGAGAACGUGUACCCGCCCGUGGAUGGCAGUCGGCGGCGGCAGGCUUUGGGCAGCGGCGAGCUGUGAGCUGUGAGCGACUGCUGCCUUCCUAUCUGGUGCAUGGCGUGUGCAAGGCAAGCGCACUUGUAGCGCGCCUGUCCCCUGACAGACACUUGCGGAUGGACCGUGACACAUCUAACACAUUGAUUGCCUUGAUGAAAUAAUAUUAUUGGACUGCCGCGCUGAAAUGUUGGCGGCUCAAAAUGACAAGGCUCUCACUCUCAGGGCCUGUAUUUAUGCUACACCCUCGCUGCGGAGCGAAGCGGAGUGGGUGGUGGUUGGGUGAGGCGGCGCAGGACGAUGAUUGCGUGCAUGAGCAUGUGGAAAAAUUUAUGAGGUGCGCUGUGACAGCGUGGCCGGGGCCAAGAUUCAAGACAACACGAGUACAGAACCGCGCAGGCGCUGCGUAAUAGCGCUUGGGGCCGAGUGGGUAUUCAUAGGCGCGCCGCUGCAGACAGCGGGUACGAUGCCUGACAAUAACAGGACGCACAUCUGCAAAAGCGGUAUAAAGAUGGAGUUGUGGGAGUAAAUUCUUUGGCACACGGUUUUGCAAAAGCACCGGCCGCCACGCUAUCGAAGCCGAAGAGCCUGCGCCAAGCGUCGUAUGCUGUGAUGUUUGACUUCCGUGCGGUGUGGUAUGUGCGCGAGGGUGUUCAUACAUACGUAUCAGCUGAGAAUGGGAGCGACGCUGCCAAAGCAGUGCUAGCUAGCGCUAGCUAGUUUCAAGCCAGUGUGCUUAGCUGAUCAGUUCCACUUGUCGAAGCACAGUCCGGUUGCCUGAUGGAGUAAGUGGUACAUGUGGAACAUAGUGGCUGUGCCGUCCCGGCACUGGGGCAUGCCGCAUGACGUACUCAACGACGCGUGCUUGGCCUGUGGGCACGUGAGCUUGAGACGCCGUUGCGGCAUUCUUGGUUUCGAUUGGCCUGACCAAGUCAAGGACCAAGUGGGGUUUGGGGCAUGGGCUCAAACGAGGUGAACGGAGCGCUGGCAGUGACGCGCUUUUGAGGGCAGCAGGUACGCCUGUUGACAACCCGUCAUUUCCAACUUUUCUGCCCGGGGGCAGGUUUGGGGCUGGUAGGUCGGUAUGUGUCAGUAUACCGGUACGGCACAGGGGUAUAGCGAAUCAGGGCAUGUGCCUUGACUCAAAGGCCCUUGAGAGAGGUUGAUGGGUUUGCGGUGUGAACUUGUGAUUGCAGCUGGCACAUAGCCUGUGCCAGACUUGUCGCAUUGCUCUGCUUCAAAGUUGUAAAGCUCCCCUGUUGUAAAGAAUGUAAAUC